CCUCUCCCCACCCAGCAGAACUUUUUUGUUCCUCAGGUUGGUUAUAUCUGUUGGAAAACUUUUCGACCCCAAGUAAUACAAAGAUUUUGAUAAGAUGGAGAGAACAUGACACUGGGAAGCUGGGAUAGGUAAGAAGGCCAAAGACGGGGAAAUGGAAUCUGGGAACCUGAACUACAUACUUUCCUUCUUUUACAAGAUUGGCAUCUUAAUGUCAACUAUGGGAGAAUUUGACUCAGACUUUUACCAGUCUAAUUAUAUUAUUGAUAAUCAAGAACAAGGUUAUGGUGGUGCUGAUGUUUAUGGAAAUCCAUAUGAACUCAGAGAGCAGCAUUCAACAGAACUGCCCCACCCUUCAGCUUUGGUGCCUCCAGAGAUGAUUGCAUCUUCAGAACUUGGAAUAAAUUUUGAUCACAUUUGGCAAAAAACGCUGACGGUGUUAAAUCCUCUGAAACCAGCAGAUGGCAGCAUUAUGAAUGAAACUGACCUCACAGGCCCCAUGCUUUUCUGCAUAGCCCUGGGAGCAACCCUGCUUCUGGCGGGAAAAGUUCAGUUUGGCUACGUGUAUGGCAUGAGUGCAAUUGGGUGCCUUGGGAUUCAUGCUUUACUGAACUUGAUGAGCACUUCAGGAGUGUCAUAUGGAUGUGUGGCAAGCGUGCUGGGUUACUGUCUGCUCCCUAUGGUCAUCCUGUCCAGCUGUGCCAUAUUCUUCUCACUGCAGGGGACCAUUGGGACCAUAGCAGCACUGAUCAUCAUUGGAUGGUGUAGUCUAUCUGCAUCCAAAAUCUUCAGUUCAGCACUGACUAUGGAAGGACAGCAACUUCUAGUUGCCUACCCUUGUGCCUUACUUUAUGGACUUUUUGCCCUCUUGACUGUUUUCUAAUGUAUUCGAAAUAGUCUUAUUGUGUGUUCUUUGUUUGAAUGUCUAGUUUUUUAGAAAGGGAUUAACCUACUUUAAUGAUAUGAAUUCUCCUUUACCUCUGAAUAGAUAAUAGUAAAUUGAGAAACAGAAUGACAUUUAAAAAUGGUAUAGAGUAGAAGCUUCUCUGGCUUGAAAAAUAGUUUUGCUUCUCUGUUUGUGAAGUAAGAUCUAAAAAUAAAAUGAUUGUGAAAUAAAA